CCUGACUCCCGGUUUGAGCUUCAGCAACUGCAGCCGCCUGGAGCUGGAGCGCAGCCUGCAGCGGGGGCUGGGCUGGUGCCUGUACGAUGCCCCCGACCCCCAGCGCCUGGCGGGGACCCCGGUCUGCGGGAACCGCUUCGUGGAGCAGGGAGAGAGCUGCGACUGCGGGCUCAGCCUGGAGUGCACCGAUCCCUGCUGCAACAGCAGCUCCUGCCAGCUGCUGCCAGGAGCAGAGUGCGCGACGGGGGACGCCUGCUGCCACCAGUGCCAGCUGCUCCGUGCAGGGCAGCCGUGCCGGGAGCCCAUGGACGAGUGCGACCUCCCCGAGUUCUGCGACGGGCGCUCCCGGCGCUGCCCACCCAACGCCUUCGUGCAGGAUGGGCAGCCCUGCGGCGGCGGGCGGGCGCGCUGCUACGGCGGGGCCUGCGUCACCUACGAGGGCCAGUGCCAGCGGCUGCUGGGGGCAGGUGCGCUAUGGGGGGCGCUGAUACCCGGCUGCGGUUCCUGGGUCCAGAAGCCGCAGACGCCGGGAGCGG